AAAAUAGAAUAAAAAAUUUAGAGAAAUCAGAUCGAAAGAAGAAGGCCGCGUUACUCACCGGCGAGAGAGAGUGAUCGAAAAGCCAUAAGAAAAGUAGAGAACAAGGGGAGCUUCCGCUAUCUCAAUCCAAAACCAAGUCAAAAUUCUUAACCUGCUGCAGGGCAUAGAUAUGGGAAAGAGUAAAACAGAAGUGAAUUUUCAAAGGUUGCUUGCAGCUGCACCCCAACAAAAAAAUCAUUCUAAACUCGUACAUUAUGUUGCUACUUUGAGAGAACUUUUAGAACAGUUAGCUGAAGAGAGAACGCCAGAAGGUUUACCUAGACUUUCAAGUGCUGUGGUCAAUGAUUAUUCGAAAAAGAUCGAGGAUAUUGCUUCAGAAUUAAGUACCCCACUGCCUGAAAUUAAGGUAUCCGAGGAGCCUGUCACUGGAAGUUCUUUUAAGCAGAGUCCUAAAUCAGAUACAGAAAGCCACAUGCCUUCCUCUCCAGGAUUAAGAAGGAGAGUUGUGCCUAUCUCAAACAUCAAAGAGAGAACUCAUGACACCACCGAGGCUGAUACAUCCGCCCCUAUCAAACUUGAUGCUGCAGCAGAAGCGCACAUACAGAAGCACAAAAAGCUUCAAGAGGAUUUAACCGAUGAGAUGGUUGGACUGGCACAGCAACUUAAAGAGCGUAGUCUCAUUAUGAGCAGGUCCUUGGAGAACACUGAAAAGAUACUCGAUUCCACCGAAACAGCUAUUGAGCAGAGUCUUGCUACGACUGGACAUACUAAUGUCCGUGCAAUGAAGAUAUAUUCUGAAACCUCUAAGACUACAUGUUUCCAAUGGCUGCUGAUGUUAGCCAUGACAUGUGUUUUCAUCAUGGUUGUACUUCUGAUUCGUGUAACAUAAAAUAGUUCUUGAAAAUGAUAACCCACCACAGAAAAACCAUGAGGUAAAUGCUUUUCAUGUU